UUUCCGGUUCGUGUUUGAUGAAAAACGACACCAUGUCGAUCUUCAAAUAUAAACAGCAGUGAGUGACUCAGGUUGCUCAGUUUGUUUCGAAUCACAUUUCGUUAGAGAAGGCUCUUAAACGGAAAUUGUGUUUGGGUGUGUUUAAUAGUAAAAUGUUGGACACCAAAACUUGUGAGUGUAUAACAAAGCUUGUCGAAAAGUUGGCGACUUCUGGAAAACAUCAAAUUGAUAAAAUUGUAUUUAGAGAAUUUGUCAGUCAUGCAGGGCAAUCGGAAGAUUACAUCAAAUUCACCCUUGAACGUAUAUUUCAACAUUUGGAGCAGAAACAUAGUGAAAUACGACUUGGAGCAUUUUUAAUAAUUGACGAACUGUUCAAACGGUCGCAUUACUUUCGAGAAAUAUUGCUAGAUGAUUUUCAUACUUUUCUUGAACUCACCGUAGAGAGCAAUCCUUCAAAGUUACUCCCACCUCCGCUGCCGACGGCAAAAAUCUUGAAACAGAACGUAUUACAAGCAAUUCAAAAAUGGUACUCGACUUUUGGAGUUGAUCACAAACGAUUAGCAUUAAGUUACAAUUUUCUCAAAAAUAAUUUAAAGGUUGAUUUCCAAGAUGCCCUGAAACGAAAUGCCAGUGAACUUGCUCAAGAAAGUCGUGAGCGACAACGACAUGCCAAGGUUGUCGAAAAGAAAGUUCAAGGGGUGGAAGCCGAGUUAAACGACAACCAAGAUGAAAUUAUGCAAGUCGUAACAGAGAUGGAUAAUUGUUUCUGUCUCCUAAUUCCCAAACCAAGCGAUUUUGGAGAAAAUCAAGUCGACGAUGAAGAAGAUUCGUCUUCUGAACAGCUCAAUCUGCGAGAGCACGGAUUUGCAACAACAGGAGUGUCAAUCAAUGUUCAAAGGUCGAGUUUAGGGAAAGUAGUAGUAACAGAAGAUAACCUUCCCAUAAUUGAAAACUUGAAGGAUUUAAAUGCUCUGUUAAAGAAUCGAUUUAUUCCUUUGAUUAAGAAAUGGGUAGCAAUUACUUCAAAAGCAACUAAUCAAACGUUAUUUAGGAAAUUGAUGGGACUAAAAGCAAGGUUGGAGAAACAAGUUGAUCGAUUCAAUCAGAUCAAUGUGUCUCAAGAUGAUUCUUCAAAAAAAGUUGACUCAUCAAGCUCAUCAAACGAGGAUGACUCUGAUUUUGAAGACGUCCCUGAAAAAGAAGGAUUCGAGUACGAAGUUGUUAGUCCACCUGUAGUGAUGUCACCGCCCGACGCACAAAAACCAAGCACCAGCACCAGCUCGAAAACUUCAACUGGGUGGAGGUUAUGGGAUGUACAAAAGGACGAUGUUAACGAUCCUACAUCGUUGGUUGCAACUCUAAAGUCUCUGGGACAAAAGACAUCAGAGGAAUCGGCGACGAUUGCUAGCACGUCUCAUGCAAGACGCCUCAAUCAUUCAAAGCAGACGCCAGCAGAAAGUGAUACGGAAAUACGAAAGCGGAAGUUAAUGAAAAUUGCUCCAAAGCUACCUUUUGACAUUGAUCUCUACCAUUGGGAGGAUAAAGAUUUGAAAGCACCAUCUGUAGAAAUAGUUGAAACGGAUGGGCACAAGUUUUGGACACCAUCACAGGAUAGAGGUGGUGAAGUUAUUGAUGAUCCUAAUGGCAUCGCUUCGUUGCGUACUCGAGUUAUCGAGUUCUCGGGUGAAUUUGAGCCAGUGAAAUGGAGUUGUCGUGCUCCACUGCCAAGUGGUUCCCUUUGUCCUCGAAAGGAUCGCUUGAAGUGUCCACUUCACGGAAAAAUUAUUGCACGUGAUGACAUUGGGAAUCCCACGAAACCUGAAGAUAUCCAAGCCUUAAAUAAGGAAAAAGAGAUGAUGGAGAAGGACAAACCACCAGAGUGGCAGGAUCCGCAAUUUUUGAAAGAAAUUGAGGCAGCUACUGGAAUGGACCUUAUGAUUCGUCCUCCCAAAAAAGGCAAACAGAAAAAGAAAACAUUUGCCGAAAUGUAUCCCGGUUUGACAGACGUAGACAGGAAACGUAAUACUCCGAGAUCUCGACUGGAGAGAAAAAUAUUCAAUAAAGCUUCAGUGAAACGGGUAGCGGAAACCUUAGACGAGCUCAGUGCGAAACGAUUCAAUGAUAAGUUUGGAGAUCAGUGGAAUUACUCCAUGGGCAAUGAAUGACAACUGAGGGGAAUUAUGUACAAGUUUUUACCUGUGACAUGCUAAUAAUGUGUGACUAUUUAUCAACUAGUAUUUAUUAAAGUAUUCACGAAUAAAGAGCAAAAUAUCAGUACCAAAUCAA